CUGGUCGACGUCCAAAUUCGUACCCCGCAACGCGACUGGCGCGUCCCCCACCUUUCGUUGAUUUUGAAUCUUUUUGAGCGAUUGCCAUUUCCUUCUUUCAAUCUUCAAUCGUGUCAUCUGUAGCUUCAACUACAUCUGCUUUUGGGCUUAUUGAUUGAAAAUAUGGGCAAAAAGCGUGUUCUCGUGGGCUAUGGCAUUGAUGUUGACGCUGUGAGCAACCAUAUCAACACCACGGUGGGCGGGAAGGCAAAUCUGUGUAAUGUUUCUCGAGGCGUUUUCGGAGCUACACGCGGUGUCGAGCGGCUGCUGGAGCUUUGGAAGCGGAACAACAUCAAGACAUCUUGGUACAUACCAGGCCAUACCAUCGAGACAUUUCCAGAGGACAUGGCGAAGAUCAGGGAUGCUGGACACGAGAUCGGCCUCCACGGCUACACGCACGAAUUCCCAUCCGACCUCAGCAAAGAGAGCCUCGAAGCGAUCCUCGUCAAAACCAUCAAAAUCCUAACCGACUUCUGCGGCAAAAAGCCCGAAGGCUUCACCUCUCCUGCCUGGAAAAACAGCCCCGACCAAAUCGGCCUUCUCCAAGAAUUAGGCAUAAAAUACGAUCACUCCUUCAUGCACGAUGACUUCCAAGCCUACUACGUCUCCACCGGCCUUGAAGAGGUCAUUACCACCGACUACAAAAACCACCCGGAUACCUGGAUGGUCCCCAUGAAGCACGCCACCACCUCCGACGUUGUCGAGAUCCCGGCCUCCUGGUGCUUGGACGACUGGCCGCCGUUCCAGUGGGAUGCUGCACGGCCAAAUGCCCACGGAUAUGUAGACCCACACAGUGUAGAGCGCAUGUGGAAAGAGCAGUUUCAGUGGUGUUAUAGGGAGUACGAUACGUUUAUCUUUCCGAUGAGCAUUCAUCCGCAGGUUUCGGGAAGACCACAUAUCUUACUGAUGCAUGAGAGGCUAAUUGAGUGGAUUAAUGGGCACGAGGGGGUGGAGUGGUGCACGUUUGGGGAGAUGGCGAGGGAGUUCAGGGAGGGGAGGAUUUGA